AUGAACGUCCCUCCUCAACUUCAGCAGCAGAUGUUCGAGCUCUCUACCCAGCUCUCAGAAACUGUGAACCAGCUAAAAGUAACUGAAGCCAAUGCAUUUGCCCUGGAAAAUGAAAGGAGAAGACAAGAGCUUACACUUAAUGAAAUUUCAGGACAAAAUGAAGAAGCACUUCUUUAUAAGCCUGUGGGGAAACUUUAUAUCAGAAAAUCAAAGAACGAAAUGGUCGUAGAUUUGACGAAUAAAAUAAGAAGAACUGAGGUUGAGCUAGAAGAAGCCAGAAGGAAGCUGGAAACUCUUUCCAAAAAGCGAGAUGAGGUAAGCACAAAUAUUCAAGAAUUAGUAGCAUCAGUUAGCUCUUAA